CCACUUGCGUCAGAGGGAGGCGACGAAGAUCUGUAAUGCGCAAGCGCACAUUAGGGAGUCCUUGGACGCACUGUAGGUUACGCCAUAAAGAUCGGCACGCACAGGCAAAAUGCAGAGUUGGAACUGGUUAUAUCGUACUCUAGCAAAGCGGGGUCAUCAGCUGCCGUCCAAACUCCAUGGAGCUGCAGUUUUAUCAGUGCGAACCUAUGCUGACAAAGCGCAAAUCGAUGCCGAUGUCACAGUGGUGGGAUCUGGGCCUGGAGGAUAUGUUGCUGCUAUCAAAGCCGCUCAGCUUGGGUUCAAGACAGUGUGUGUGGAGAAGAAUGACACUCUCGGAGGAACCUGCUUGAACGUUGGAUGUAUCCCCUCAAAGGCUUUGUUGAACAACUCUUAUCUGUAUCACUUGGCACAUGGGAAGGACUUUCAGAACAGGGGCAUUGAAAUCUCAGGCAUCACGCUGAAUCUUGAGAAGAUGAUGUUGCAAAAGAGCGGGGCGGUCAAGGCGCUGACGGGUGGCAUUGCCCACUUGUUCAAACAGAACAAGGUGACACACGUGAAUGGCUAUGGGGCAGUUACGGGUAAGAAUGAGGUCACAGCGACGUCCAGCGAUGGCAGCCAGCAGGUCAUCAACACCAAGAACAUCCUGCUCGCCACCGGGUCAGAGGUCGCGCCCUUCCCAGGAAUCGAGAUUGACGAAGAGACUGUGGUCUCCUCCACCGGGGCACUUUCCCUGAAGAGUGUUCCAGAGCAUUUGAUUGUGAUCGGUGCUGGUGUUAUUGGUGUGGAGCUAGGGUCGGUGUGGCAACGCCUGGGCGCUAAGGUCACGGCGGUGGAGUUCCUGGGCCACGUGGGAGGGAUGGGCAUCGACAUGGAGAUCUCCAAGAACUUCCAGCGGAUCCUGCAGAAGCAGGGCAUGAAGUUCAAGCUGGGCACCAAAGUCAUGGGAGCCACCAAGACGGCAGAUGGAAAAAUCGACGUGGCCGUGGAGGCCGCAGCCGGGGGGAAGAACGAGACACUGGCCUGUGACGUGCUGCUGGUCUGCAUCGGCCGACGGCCCUUCACCAAAAACCUGGGCCUGGAGAACGUGGGCCUGGAGCUGGACAACAGGGGCAGAAUCCCCGUCAACAACCGCUUCCAGACCAAAGUGCCUAGCAUCUACGCCAUCGGAGACGUCGUGGCCGGGCCCAUGCUGGCCCACAAGGCUGAGGACGAGGGCAUCAUCUGUGUGGAGGGUAUGGCAGGAGGGGCCGUCCACAUCGACUACAACUGCGUCCCCUCCGUCAUCUACACCCACCCUGAAGUGGCCUGGGUGGGCAAGAACGAGGAGCAGCUGAAGGAGGAGGGUGUCCCGUACAAAGUGGGGAAGUUCCCUUUCGCCGCCAACAGCCGAGCGAAAACCAACAAUGACACGGACGGCCUGGUGAAGAUCCUGAGCCACAAGGAGACGGACAGGAUGCUGGGAGCUCACAUCUUGGGAUCGGGAGCAGGAGAGAUGAUCAACGAAGCUGCGCUAGCCAUGGAGUACGGAGCAUCGUGCGAGGAUGUUGCCCGUGUGUGCCACGCCCAUCCCACUGUAUCAGAAGCCUUCAGGGAAGCCAACCUUGCAGCCUCCUUUGGAAAAGCGAUUAACUUCUAAAACGCCAUCAGUCCAUGUACAUACACAUGCAUCCUGAAGUCUGAACUGUACAAGCGCACAUUUGUCUGGGACGGGCCCUGUGGGGGAUGGCACACGUGUGCUGAACACCCCACGGUCCUGUGCCGAAGUUGGUAUGUUAUUUAAAUGCUCUCAGUAAAAUGGGGUUCAGGCCCUGAAACAGGACUGAGGGUCCAUGUUCCUUUCUAUUACGGGAGGGCUUCAGGCCACAGCGUGUUUGUGUGGCAGGCAACGCAGCACUUUUCAGUUCAAUUACCUUAGCCCUGUUGUCCAUUGGUCUGUGUACGAAUUAUUAACCCCCCCGCCCCCCCAAGCGUUUGAUGGGGAGCUAUGUUCAUAUUUUCCACUGUUUAUGAAAUUACCAUGUUCAAAUGUGUAUACUUUCCGCAGACGUUAGAGAGGACUGUAAAGUUACAGGAGAGCUCAAGGAGCCAUCCUUUUCUGAGGGUGAGUGAGAGUGGAGAUGACUGAUGUUAAAGGAACACACAGGCUUGUAUGUACAAUUGUAAAACACAAUAUUCAAACUGGGUUUUCGGGUGAAUAGGUGCAUGGUUUACGUAUCAUGCAGACAGAAAUACAUUACUACAGAAAUAAAAACGACAAAGUGUGA